GUUCCCUUCAUGCCCGCGACGGACACCGUAAAUAAUGCGCACCGCCGAGAACCUGCUUUCAAACCCAACACGACCAAAGAACAGCAUGUGGAGGUGGAACGAUGUCUGAACGUUGGCAGACCAGAACCUGACGGAACCAAGAUGGACUGUUCGGAUCCACCUAGCCUUUUCCAGUAUCUUCAUUCCGAGCACGACUUGAUCCGGACUAUCGAAAGUUCUCUGGAGCUUUGCGAAGAUUUCAGCAUGCCUUCUUUGCAGAGUCCGACCUUUUUCCCCACGGAGCUGGAGAUAGUAGAUGCUGACUUGGCUCCACGCCUGGUGUGCGCAAGAGAGGGAAUGAAUCGCCACAAUUCCAUAGACAGUGAGGACGAUGACUACUAUGAUAAUGAAAUCCUGCCGUUUUAUGAGUCCGACUCCCGGAGCAAAGAGUUGAACAACAGCGAAGGUCCAUCUGGAACUUCUUUGCACCCUUUGCAGUCCGAGUCUGAGCGGAUUGUUGACUCCAGCACUCAGGAAACAGACAGGCUCAGGAGUCAACUCAAAGAAGCGUACUACCUCCUGAUAAACGCAAUGGAUGGGAUCGCUUUUGAUGGGCAGGUGCAGCGAAAUGGUUAUGUGGAGCAAAGCAGCAGCUCGAGUCAGUCUCGUGAAAGCCUGAGCGUGAGUUCUGCUUCUUCCACGAGGCUCUCCAGGUCCUCUGGAGAACAUGGCCACCAUUGGACCCUUCCGAGUCCUGGAGAAAGCAGUGCCGCUGACCGUGGGGGGAGUUCUCGGAGGAGCAAAAGUUUGCAGAAUCUUCUCUUGGCCCAAAGGAGGCCUAACCUGCAGCGCUCCAUGAGUGACGGUGGUGUCCGGUAUACUGUGCAGGAAAACCAAGGUGAGCCAUGCUCCGAAAACAGGAGCCUCGCUGAAAACGUGCCAGUCGAUACACCUCCAUUGGCAAAUGGUGGAAACCUGGAUUUGGAGACUGUGGCUACCGAACCCAUGGUUUCAGAGCAUGCAGAGGAAGUGGACAACAUUACUCACCAGCAUCCUUGUGACAGAGUUCCCCCCAGAACAACCGAGCCAUUCCGCUCGAAGCAGAUGAAUCUUACCAGGCAUGUUGGAACGAGUGCAGGAAAACCUCCUGGGGUCACAGUUAACAAGAUGCAAGAAUGGAUGCACAGGGGCCGCUUGCUUUCUUCAGAGAUGAGGCAGAGAAUCGCCGGAUCCUCCUCACACGGAGUGGCUCAAGAGCGCCACGGAAAUGAGUUCCAAGCCUGGGCCAAAACCUUCAGCCAGGCCAACACUGUGGAAAAAACCGGAACCGUGAACCCUUCAAGUGGGCAUCACCCAGUACUUGUGAUGGACCCCCGGGACUCCUGCACUCGUACAGUUCCUCUAAACUCCAUCACCGUCUCCAAGAAGCGUAACUGGCUAAAUCAGAGCUCCACUCGGCCCUCGCCACUCUCCGACGAGGACGACCACACUCACCCUCCACAAGUACUCACUCACACUCAGCCACAAACUUGCACUCGACCACACAAUCAUGCACCCCAUGUCCCCGUCUCUGACCCUGCUGAGGAGAACGAUGCGGACGACGAGGGUGAGAUCUGGUACAACCCUAUUCCUGAGGAGGAGGAGGUCGAGCUCCAACGUGGCGAGUAUAGCGCAAGAGUGCUGAGACAGAUGAGUGAUGAGGAAGGGGGCAGAGCCUCUACUACUUCCAGGGAUUCUGGGAACUCUAAUGCAAGUCAUUCCAGCGAUCAGAAACAUGUGUACAGACAGAUGUGCAGAUCACAGGAGGAGAAACCCACAAUACGGCCUACAACUACAGCUACAGAAUCCCCCGAGCAAAGCGUACCAGGCUUCUCUCCGCCCUCCAGUCCGAACCCGGCUAAGAAGAGCUGCUCGAUCAACUGGUCAUUCCCAGAGCGCAUCAAAUCUCCACGCACCGUUCGCAAACUCUCCAUAAAGAUGAAGAAGCUUCCCGAGCUCAGUAGGAAGCUCGGUGCUAAAGGGAACCCGACUAACGGACAGACGGAAACCAGGAACCAGCUGCUGAGAGCCAACGGUCCGGCUGAUCUGGGCUCGGGGGGUGUGUCCACGGCAUCCACCAGUGGCAACGUGAUCUGGCGGUAUCACUUGGACAGCAGUGUGUGCACACAGCAACAGAAAAAGAGCAGUGGAUUAGGAGCUCCUAAAUCGGCCAUUAAGGGCGGGUACUUGAGCGAUGGCGACUCACCGGAACUAGUUGCCAAAUCGGCUAAGCACAGCUCGGGUUCUCAAUCUCACCAGAAGAUGCAGGAAAAGGAUUCGAAUUCUGGCGUCUCCAAACUGUCCGACGCGUCUUCUUUCCGUCCUUACAGCUUUCCAGAACAGGCGAAGUGCACAUCCUCACCACCUGUCUCAGGCCUGCUGAGCAUGCACUUGUGCGGCGCUGAGGGUCUGAAGACACCACGAAGCGACGAAUCGCGCCACGUCUACUGUGCUAUUCAAGUCGACGAGGCGAAGCGGGCACGCACGGCGCUCCUGCCCUGCCGCGCUGACUUCCUCGCCAUGGACCACACCUUCCAGCUGGAGCUGGAGGACGCUCAACGGCUCCGCCUCGUCCUCUUCGGUUGCGAGGCGACGACGGCGCCGAGGAGGCAGCGAGUGUGCUGCCAUGGAGCCGUGGCCCUGGCGCCACUCUUCAGGACGCCAAAUGCUGGGCGCGCGCACCGCCUCGCCGUGCGCCUCGAGCCACGUGGAGUCAUCUACGUCAAACUGGGACUGACGGAAAGGCGGCAGAGCUUAACCGAAGGGAACGAGGUGGAGAAGGAACGAGAGAGGGAGGUUUUCGGAGUGGGAGCGGCACGAGUGGUGGAGCGCGAGGCCUCAGGACUCACGGUGCCGCUCAUCAUCGAGAAGUGCAUUGGCGAGAUUGAGAGGAGAGGAUGCCAGGUGGUGGGAUUGUAUCGCCUGUGCGGCUCGGCCGCCGUCAAAAAGGAGCUGAGGGAGGCGUUUGAGAGGGACAGCCAUGCUGUAGAGCUGUCGGAGAGCAACUACCCCGACGUCAACGUCAUCACAGGUGUUCUUAAAGACUAUCUGAGGGAGCUGCCUCAUCCCCUCAUCUCUAAGCCUCUGUACGAGGCGGUGUUGGACGCCAUGUCCAAGCGGCCAUUGAUGAUCGGAAACGGCGGCUGUGAGAACGACACGGCCGACUCGGAGCGCGCCGUGGGUUUGCUCGAGACGCUGCCUGAGGUUGAGAAGAUGACUCUGAGGAAACUUCUGGACCACCUGAAGCGCGUCGCAUCCCAUCACGAGGUGAACAAGAUGACGUGUCAGAACCUGGCAGUGUGUUUCGGACCUGUGCUGCUCAGUCAGAGACAGGACGCUUCGGGUCUCGCUAACCGAGUGUUCAUGGACUCAGAGGAGCUAGCCAGCGCUCUGCACUUCAAAAAGCACAUCGAGGUUCUGCACUAUCUGCUACAGCUGUGGCCAGUUGCGGAUGUCCAGAGCAAACCCUCGUCUCCUGCCCUGGACCCCUCCGGCCCCGCCCCGGUGAGGAGAAGAAAAGAGCGCCCUCAGGUGUUAAACCUGAGCGACGCUGAGCUAGCAGGAGUUCUGCGUCCCCGUCCUGGGCGCCUGGACAGUCCAAGCAACCGCUACGCCGGGGACUGGAGCGGCUGCAAGGAGACGUACCUCCAUCAGAUGUGCCCCGAGGAGGAAGAGGAAGCUGACUACGCCGACGUCCCGAGCGAAGAGGAGAAGGACGAGCGCAAGGACAAAGAAGGGAGAGAAGAGGAUGAUGAAAUGCCAGGGAGUGGAAAAGACGUACAAAUAGAAAUGGAGAAGGAGCAAAAGAGUGACGUUCAGGAAGACGUUAUCGUUGGAGAACAACAGGAAAUUGAGGACACGCCGUUGCUAACGACGUACGAUCGGAUGCUAGUGGAGCAAGAAGAGCACACAUAUCAGGCGUUCAUGAAGAUCCAGGAGAUCAGCCCUGUUCUGAGCAACAGGGUGAACCUGCGAGACCUUCAGGAGAGCAUCGACGCGCUCAUCGGCAACCUGGAACGAGAGUUGAACAAGAACAAGCUCAAUGUCGGGUACUAAAAACGAUAAACACUUCUUUAUGUCAGGUUUUGGAUUUCGGUUUCUCCGUGAUGAAACGUCAUGACUCCGGUCUCUCAACCAUCGCACUUCGGACUUACUGACAUUCCUUACGUUUAAACAGCUGACUUUCGAGGUUCCUUCUCGGGUUCCUCGUCAUCUGGUUUGGUUUGUUACAUUCGUUAUUGUCGUUGCCGCCGUCGUUGUUGUUUUCUUCUUAUUAGAAGAAGCCAUUGAGCCCUGAGGGGUGAGCCAGGCGCCUUAAUUGUGUAAAGGUGGUACUUAAGGCUGUGGAGAACUUUUUUUGAAAAUAAUUUUUAUUAUUUCUAUCGAGGAAAAAGGAUUAUUUACAGAAAAAUUAUGUAAAACCAAUGCACUUACAAAGCCAGCUUAUAGAGGCAGGCAUGAGAUACAGUUAGAUGAGUUGGCCCUUACGCUAUAUCUUAAACAUGCUAAUAUUCCUUAUACCAAACCAGAAACACCCCAGAAAUACCAAAACCUACAAUUUACACUUGCAAAUAAACUACAUAUAACCCCAAAGCUACCUACUUCCUGAAAUCCCUAAAUUCUUGAAAUACUUACACCCAAAAGGUACCAGUCCAAACAGUCCAAAAGUACCUUUUACUAUAAACAUAAAAUAAAAUAUUGGUUUUAACGUCUCAAUUUAUUCGCUCAACGACAUUUACUCAGCUUGCUAGCUCCGUAAACGCAAGCCUGUGCUUGGCAAGCUUAGCUAACUUUAGCAGUAGGACGUAUGGAUAAUAAUGGAGUUCUCUCAAGCUAAUAAACUUUUGAUUAACCGUUUUGCAUGCUAACAUACAAAUUAGCGAAACGUUAGAUUAACGGUUGUUGUGUACAGAAAACCAGGAGCCAAGUUCUCUAGCAAGCCGGCUAAUAUUAGCGAAAGUAUUGUGAUGUCAUCAGCACGUUCGUCUUGAAUACCGUCGUAUUUGUUGUUCCAUACACGUGCGAGUGUAGUUUGCGUGUCAAGCUGCCAGAAUGGAAAAUGCAAAAAAAAUGCUCAUUUUUGCUAAUAUUAUUUAAAAGUAGCACGUAGAACCUAUUAGAGAACAAUCGAACGUAAUAAUUUAAGCCUGUUUAUUUUUUUUCCUCCCCUCUGCUAAUUAUAUUUGAAUCCUAUGCCACAUUGGGAAAAUAAACACAGCUGGUUGUGUGUUUGCUAAUGACAGGUACGCGUGGAACACGUUUUCUCCGCAGUCCAGGGAAAUAAGUAUUUAUCAGAUACGAGUGUAAAUAUAAUCGGAAGAGUAUGCUAUAUUUUUUUCACAGCUUACAUUUCCGUGUAUAUGUAUUUAAACGUUUCUCGUGUGCCUCGUAGAAUCCGGGCUUCAAAAUAAUACACGUAUAAAUAAGGUGAUUUUCUUUUUUCCUUCGUAUUUGCGCGUGCAGGACGAAUCGUAGCGACUGAAGCGGUAAGGUACGAAUAAGAGUAAUAAUAAGAAGAAGAAGUGUGAGGUUUUGUGCCCGCACUAGUUUCUUGAACGCUGCAUGGUCAAAAGCUUUACAGCCCUGAAUACACGUCUGCUUCAUUCAUCCGUAUUUAUGCGUGUAAAUAGAGAUUAAUGAUGCUCACGCUCAUGAUGGAUUUGUUUGUUUGUUUGUUUGUCUGUUUUUCUGUUUGGCAGCUGCUCACACAGUUGUGAAUUCAUCUUUGUGAACUUCAUUUAUUUCGCUAAUAUGAAAACGAGCGACGUGUGACGAAUCGUGAGUUUUGAAAACGUCGUCCUCAAGACGAGGUCGUAGCGGGAAGGUCACCGUUCAUGUUCAUAAUGUUUCUGAGGACGCUUUCAUGCCCGUAGGCUGAUUUGCUCAAACACAUAACGCGACGUGUUGGUGUGAACGCAACCCGAUUUAGCUCGGUUAAAACCGGUUUCAUUGUACCACAAUGCAUGUUUGUUGUUUAUAGUCUGAAGUUUGAAGCGGCUUAAAGCGCUGAUCGGUGAUCAGAUUUUUAUUAAGAGUUCUGUCCUCUAUUGUACAGAGGAUGAAUUUAGAACUGAUCCUAGGUCAGGUAUUAAGGAUUCACUCAUACACAUGGGGGGAAGGUACUGGAUUUACUGUACAGUGUGAGCUGCUUGUUUUAUUGUGAAAACAUUCCUUAAUUUGUUGCAAUUUCACCUUGGAAAAAUUGUACAAAUGCCUAUUUUGUAUUUUUUUGUUUUUGUUGUGUUGUUUGUUUGUUUAUUUGUUUCAGCUCAUUGGACAGCCCUAAUAUGAUGAAACUGUCACUAAAUCAGAUAUACUUUGUACUGAUACUG